GCAGAGAGAGAGACAGAGUGUUUAUUAAACAAAUGAGUAAAGUUCAGGUAAGGACCUUUCAAUAUACAUUCACUGAGCUAAUAAUCAAUAAUGACUGAAGAUUCAGACGGAGAGAUGCUGAGCUGUAAAAAUCCUGAAAGGAUUUAAGUCCGAAGUGAGUAUUAAUGGUGUGAGUCUGUGCACUUAGGCCUACCACCAGGUAGGAGCAGGGGAAUGAAGGGAGCUUAAGUAAGGUUGUGUAAUGAGUUGUGACAGGUGAAUGUGAUUAUAGGCUACUCAGGAGAUCGCAAGCAAGUGGGAGGAGUGAUGAGGUCCGGUGGUUGACUCUCUAACAGGAAGUGGGCUUGGGGAGUGACAGAUUUUUUUUAACAGUUUGUCACAUUUUUGUACAUUCAUAAAAGGAAGACAGCUUCCUAGAAAUGAUUAAAAAUAUAACAUAUGCAUGAUAUGCAUGUUUGGCGCACUCAGAAACAACACAAGAAUAACAAUGCGAAGAUCUCUUCUUACUUUGAUUUUAGCCUGUGCUCUGAGUUCUCCAUCUGUGAACGUGCAGAAGCCCAACAUUUCUCUCAAUGGAUUGUUUGACUUUGGUCCUCAGGGUUCAGUGAUCACCAGAGGUCACAGCUUCACUAUUACUUGUUCAUCUGAAUCACAGUAUUCUGGAGGCUUCUUCUCUCUGUUCAGUGGAUCAAACAUCAUCAGUCGUGAACCAGCUGUCAAUCACUCAGCAGUCUUCAUCUUUCCUGAGGCAGAUUAUUCACAUGAGGGAAACUACAAUUGUGUUUAUGAAGUGAAUGUGUCCUCACGUACCUUACGUUCAGUUUCUUCUAACCAGCUGCUCAUCACUAUUAGAGCCUCCAUGGGUCCUGUCAUUUGUGCUUUGGUGUCAGUUGUACUUCUCAUAUUCACUGCUCUCAUAAUGAUUUUACUGAUGAAAAGAAGACAGAACCACAAGAAAAAAACUCACAAGGUGCGCUUCAUACAAGGUGCAGUUAAUAUGCACUCACAUGCAGUAAAUGAAGGCAGUUAUGAAGAGGAUGAUGAAGAUGACGAUGUGGAUGCUAAAUGUUUUUAUCAGGCAGAGUAUGUAAAUAUAAACGUUGUUGAACCCAAUGUGUCCUCAUAUGAAUCCGAGAGAGAUUAUUAUGUUAAUAUCAGUACACAAAGAAACACAGUUGACUAUGCUGAAAUCAGACACAAAAAAAAAACUAAAUGCUGUGUACAGUAAAUAUAUGUAAUAUCUGAUCAAGCAAAAUUAUGCUGCACAUUUUGGCAAAACACAGUACUCAAAACUGAACGGCAUAAACUUUUUAGUUGAUUACCAACAAUUAUUUUUCUGGUAACAUCCGUAGAUUCAAAAAUAGCUUCAUUACACUUUAUUAUUUCAAAAAGGAAUACACUGCUAGAAAAGCAGUGCUCCAAUAGACGUGCAUUAUUGGUAGGGCAAUGUUGUAUGACCCUUCAUGAAUAAAUGUAUUUUUGUGAUCCUUAUCAUUUGAUUGUACUAUAUUAUUUUGAAACUGUAUUAUUUUGUGACAUCACGUUUGACCGAGAGAGACAUGCGUCAUUUCCUGUGUUUUCAGUCGAGACUCAUGCUUUUGUGAAGGGAAUGUGAUGGUGUGUGGUGUGCUGUCAUGACCACAUAGCGGCACUCCACACACUUUAGGACCAAAACUGUUAAAUCAUACUUUUUGUCAUUGUGUUUGAUGUCACUGGACAUCAGAUCAUAAUCAAAAAAUGUUAGAUAAAGUUUACCAAAGAGUGAUUAAAACUAGUUGUUUUAAUGUGUAAAUCUGGUUGUGUUUACUUGAUUCAGUCAUGUUCUAUCUGCAUAAAGUAGUUAAGUAGAGCUUACAUGGUAGUGCAUGUUAAGAAAACAUGAGUCAAACCAAUGAUCUAAUCACGUUCAGGACUCAUGUUGAACUUAUCCUUUAUACUUUGCAGUGUAUAAUUACUGUAAAUGUUUUGCAGUUUAUUUAGUGUAGUCUGUAUUAAGUCAUUUUUAUUCAUUGUUAAAAUUGUGUCUAAUGCAUAAUGCAUUGUACAUAUCUUGGACAGUGUUGAUAGAUCUAAGUUGAAACAUACAUUUGUGAAUGAUGAUUUUAGUGUGUUCUGAUGUUGUACGUGCUCUUACCUGUAAUCAUAUUCUCUGUUCACACAUGUCAUCAUAUCAGUAAAUUACUUACAACUUUUCUUACUGGUAAACAGUUUGUUUCACAUUGACAUUUUCAUAUGUAUAGUACACAAUAUAGACGAAAGUAUUUGGAUGCGGCCACCA